AUGUCACAGCAUACUAAAACCAUGCUGCUGUUAAUGCUGGUUACAAUGAUCUGUUGCGGGACAGCUUUUAUACUCAUGAAGGUCACCAUGGGCACAACAGAGGCGUUCCAGGUUCGUGUAAUAAGUCUGGUCCAGGUAACGUGUAAUAAUACUUGUCCAGUCCACCUACAACUACAACAAGUCCACCUACAACUACAACAAGACCACCUACAACUACAACAAGUCCACCUACAACUACAACAAGCCUACCUACAGCUACAACAAGUACAUCUUCAGAAACAACAAGUCCAUCUACAACUACAACAACUACAACAAGUCCACCUACACCUACAACAAGUCCACCUACAACUACAACAAGUCCACCUACAACUACAACAAGUCCACCCACAGCUACAACAAGUCCACCUACAGCUACAACAAGUCCACCUACAACUACAACAAGUCUACCUACAGCUACAACAAGUACAUCUUCAGAAACAACAAGUACAUCUACAGCUAAAACAAGUACAUCUUCAGAAACAACAAGUCCAUCUACAACUACAACAAGUCCACCUACAACUACAACAAGUCCACCUACAACUACAACAAGUCCACCUACAGCUACAACAAGUCCACCUACAACUACAACAAGUCCACCUACAACUACAACAAGUCCACCUACAACUACAACAAGUCCACCUACAACUACAACAAGUCCACCUACAACUACAACAAGUCCAUCUACAACUACAACAAGUACAUCUUCAGAAACAACACCUCCAUAAAUGUACACUAAGGAAAAAGCAUUACCAGAUACAGAAACGACAGUAA